CUUACCAUGCGAGGCAUGCAUCUAAGUCUGUGUCUGGCUCUGCUGCUGCCAUGGUGCAACCAGUGCCAGAGAACGGGCUCUGCCARUGCCAAGCUGGGAAAAGAAGACACAGGAGACCUGUUGGCUGUCAAACUCAUAAACCGCAGUGGCAUCCUGGGCCCUCUGCUCCCCCCAGAGUUCCAUCCAACACCCCGGCAGACCAGAGCCCCACGUCCGGCCUCCCAGGUCUCCAAGAGAGCCCGGCAAGGGUCCCGCUUCACCCUGUCCCUGGAUGUCCCCACCAGCAUCCUCAGUGUCCUCAUAGACCUUGCCAAGAACCACGACAUGAGAGCCAAGGCUGCUGCCAAUGCAGAGCUGAUGGCACGCAUUGGGAAAAGGAAAUAAGGGCUGGGGUUGUAUGGGCAAAGCUAAGGGGGGCAAUUCUCAACUCACCAGGGUGGGUUUUCAAAAUCAGGUUAUGGGAUGGAUAGGUUAUGGGAAGGAAGGGUUGUUAUUAGAGGAAAAGACAUCUUGAAGUCUUUAACUAGUUUAGCCCUUUAUCUGUUUUAUAUUUCUAUUGCAUAAUUCUUACCUCAUUUUAUGCCAAACAGAUCCACUGUCUGCCUGUACAGAAACAUUAUAUAAAAAGAAUGAUAGAACAAAUUGUGCUAAUUAAAUGUCACUUAUCAAAUAUAAGAUGAAGCUGGUCUUUUGUCUCCGCUACAGUGGGCAAAAUGURUAAUUUGUGGGCAGAUAAUCUUCUGAAAUAGUAAUAGGCAGGGAACCAUUUGGAGUCUGUUUAUUGUUUUUAUUUGAAUGUGUAACAAACUAAGGAAAGGUUGGAAAAUAAA